GUUCUGAUUAAGCAGGAAAGGAAAAAGCAAAAGGAAUAUUUUGAAAAGAACAGGUUAAAAUCAAAAAUGAAAUUACUGGGAGUUUUAUCUCCUGUCAAAAAUUCUACCGUCAGCUUAGACCUUCUUAACCUAUAUAUGGUAAAUCAGAUAUCUUGCAAGAAGAAAAUGCCUGAAACUGUGAGGAAACCAAUCCAUGUGAACAUAAAUGGAGAUAUAAAAAUGCCCCCACGAAAGUUUAAUUUAGACCUUCCAAUGUCACCUCCCUGUAUACCAUCUAAACUGUGCCUUGAUGAUACAGAAAGCAAUAUAAACUAUCAAAGACUAGGUAGCAAGGAAGAUCUUGGCCCAGCUAAGGUGAGAUUUUAACAAAGCUUUUAUAAGUUAUUUUAACCAUUUUCCGCAAUAGAAAACUACAGUUUCACUUCACCAACUUUUUCAGUAGACAUGUCAUUAAACAGACAUGUUUCAAAACUAAAUUUCACUCCCAGAAUAGUGCCUAGUCCUCAGAAAGUUGCACAUGACAGAAUGAGCAGUAAUGUUAAUUUUUCUGAGUCCUUGGUUUCCAAAGUAGUUAAAAGUCAAGAUGUUCUCAGUCCAUCACAUAAAACAGCACGAUGUGGAACAGUGUUUGAAAGAAUAAACAGUCUAGGAAAUAGGAAUUUCCUUACUGAAAGACCUACUAUAAUUAUGGAUGAAGAUUGUGGAAACAUGGAUGAAAAAAGACAGUCAGACUUCAUUACUGGAAAAGAAUCAGUACAAUAUAUUUGGGGAGAAAAUGGAAAAGAAGUUUCACAUUUUCUUGAAGGUAUGAAUCUAGCAGAGAAUUAUGAGUCUUUUGUUUGUCAAAAUAUGAUCAACUUAUUUAGACUAUAUCAGCAAAGGAUUUUAAAAAACAUUGACAAGUGUGGUUAUGAUAGUAUGGGAGGUAUUUUUAGAGUCACUAAUUAUAAAAACCAUUCUACUGAUGGGUGGAUUUGAAACACUUUUAUAGUUCCAGAAUAGACUUUUAGUAAUUCAGCUUUUACAAGUUAUUCAGAAAAAUGUCAGGCAAACAAGGAAUAUCAGAAAGAGUACAAUAAAACUGAAAGAAGUAAUCUUAAUUCAUCUUUGAAUAGAGUCAUUACCUAUCUAGCUCUGAAAAAAAGAUUUGGAAAACUUGAAAAUGAUUACCAAGAGAAGACGCUACAGAAGAAUAUCCAGAAAUAUCCAGUAAACUCUAUGGGUAACAUCCCUUUGGAAGAAUUGCAUUGUAAGCAAUCAUGGGACUUUGGACUCGGUAAGAUUUUGAUGAAAGAAGAAGGAACAUGUUCUUUAAAAGGCAGGCCAUCUACUAAGACAAUUUGUAUUGGUUCUUCACAGAGUAGUCAGUCUAUCAAUUGCUCUCCAAGACCAACAGAUAGUUGUUUGAUUUCUAGUUCAGAGAUGCCACCUGAAAAGGAAGAUCAAAUAUCACGGCAAAUUGAAGAUUCAAAUAUGAUAUCCAUUAAAACCAAAGAAACAACUAGUAAUUUUUAUCUUGAAAGGAUGGAAAAAUUUUCAGGUGAUAGUAUUGUUAAAAACAAUGCCAAAAUUCACCAACAGGAUGAGAAUUUUCAUCAGUUAUUAAUGAAAAAUAAUACAGAUUGGUUUCCACAGUCUCAGUGCCAUUCAGCACACAUACUGCAUAACAAAACCAGUAAUAACUGCAUUCUGCAGGUUGAUGCAGGGGUACAAACAGCGAGUGAACCUGCAAUGGGAGAAAAAUUAGAUGCUGCCAUACAGUGUGAUAUAAUUUCAAGAUGUACAUGUAGAAGUGAUGAUUUUCUUUGCAAUAUUGAAAAGUACAAUGAAAAUAUUAAGACAGAUACCACUGGAGGGCAGAAAAUCCUUAAGAACAACUAA